AAUCUCUCUCUACAAUCCAAGCGUGUUCCUCUCAUCCUCACCCUUUGUCAUUUUCUCUCUCUAGUAUCUCUUCCUUUUCUUCUUAUCUGAUUAUUAUUUGGAUAGCCAAUUCACUCUCCUUUCUUUGCACUUCCAUCACUCUCUUUUCUGCGAGCAACAAUGGCUUCUGUUGCACCGCCAUCUUUAACCCUCUGCUACGCCUCUUCCUCCUGCCAUUACCAGCAAGACCUCGCCUUUUACCCCUCUUUUCAAACCCACUCUAAACCCCUUUUUCUCAAUUUCUCUCUUUCCCCUUUAUCUCUCAAUCAAAGGGAAAGAAAAUGUCUCAAGUGGGUUGAUUUCAAUUCCCACAAAAAUUCAUCCAAAUUUGGUAAUUUUCAUGUUGUUGCGGCUGUUGCGGCGGAAGCUGUUGUUGCUGACUCGUCGGAAGAGGACGGAGAGGGUGGCGGUGUUGCGACUUUGCCUCAGCCUCAGCCUUCUAAGCCUAAGAAGGGAAAAGCUGCUUUGCCCUUGAAGAGAGACAGAACGAGGUCGAAGAGGUUCUUAGAGAUUCAAAAGCUCAGAGAAAUCAAGCAAGAAUAUGACUUGAAGACAGCGAUAUCAUUGAUGAAGCAAAUGUCGUCUACAAAGUUCGUAGAGACUGCUGAGGCCCACUUUCGUUUGAAUCUUGAUCCUAAAUACAAUGAUCAACAGCUGAGAGCAACUGUGAGUUUGCCCAAGGGAACUGGAAAAACUGUUAAAAUAGCUGUGCUUGCCCAAGGUGACAAAAUUGAUGAAGCCAAAGCUGCAGGAGCAGAUGUAGUUGGUGGAGAAGAAUUAAUAGAACAGAUAAAGGGGGGUUUCAUGGACUUCGAUAAAUUGAUUGCAACAUCUGACAUGAUGGCUAAGGUUGCCAGUCUAGGAAGGAUUCUGGGGCCACGAGGGCUCAUGCCAACUCCAAAAGCUGGUACGGUCACACCAAACGUAGCUCAGGCAGUGGAGGAAUUCAAGAAAGGGAAGGUGGAGUUUAGAGUUGAUAAAACAGGAAUUGUUCACAUUCCCUUUGGAAAGUUAGACUUCGAGGAGGAGGAUCUUCUCAUAAACUUGCUUGCCACUAUUAAAUCAGUGGAGACCAAUAAGCCAUCCGGGGCUAAGGGGGUAUACUGGAAAAGUGCCCAUAUCAGCUCAUCUAUGGGACCAUCUGUUCGGUUAAACAUUAGGGAGAUGCUUGAUUAUAAGCUUCCUUCAAAUGCUUAAGACAGCCUGGUGUAAAUUUUGUUUUUCUACUUUCUACAUUUGCUACGUGAAUUUUUGGAGCUCUUCAAUAAAUGUAGAAGCAGCACUUCAAGGAUGAGGAAUUCGGGACUGAAAAGACUUCAUAUGAAUCAGAAUUCUUCAGUGACAUGGAUGUUCACUAGCAGGCUGACAAAUUAUUAUUGUAAUUUUGUAUUCGAAGUUGGUACUUAACUAGUGAAAACGCUAUAUUGUAGUUUUGGACUCUUAAAUGAAAAUAGUUUGAUUGUGGCUCAUGUAUA